AUACUGGCAGCUCCAUUCCCCACGUCCGUUGCCACACCGGCAGACUGCAGUGCAGAGAAUUUAUACAGGCUCUUGGAAGAUAUUUCACUUUAUAGUGAGAAUAGAUGACGUUCCAGCAAGGCUCGAUCUAAUAAUCUGAAAACUCAGGCUUCCUCGGACUUUACUAUAGCGAUUAGGUUACUGUAUUAAAAGCAUUAAUUUUAAUUUGUAUUUUUUUAAUCCUGGUAGUCUUAUUCUCCGCAUAAGUUAUUGUACAUGUCGAAAUGGAAACUGAACUUAUAUUCACAAACAAAAUUUAAAGCACAUAUUGGCCUAUGAAUAAGUAAAAUAUUACCGUCACACAAGGCAGACCAAACAUGGUUUUUGUAAUAGUUGCUUCAUUGGUAGAAUGCACUCCAAUGUGAAUGUUUUCUGCUGACAAGCAAAUAUUAAGCCUGCUUGCUGUCACGUUCAGCCAUUUAGAAAAGCGCGUUCUUGACGGCUGUUGCAACUCUGAAAUCACCAAUUCUACUAUCCAGAAGUGAUUCCCAGGCUUUUGACUCACGACUAAUUGUGCAAAUAUAGUGGCGCCUGAGGAAUGGCAAUUCCAGCCUCCCAUGAGUUCUACUGGCAGAGUCUGGCUCAGCUGUCUAGUGGGCGUGUUUAUCACACUCUAGUGGAGGCCAGAGGCCAGCUAUAUGUGAUGGGGGGCUAUGAUGAGACUGGGCACCCCACAAGUGCCCUAGAGCUCUACUGUCCUGAGACGGACCAAUGGGUCAGUCUGCCCCCAAUGCCCACACCUCGGGCAGGGGCUGCUGUGGCUGUCCUUGGAAAGCAGCUGCUGGUGGUGGGGGGUGUUGGAAAAGACCAGUGCCCUCUGAAGACAGUGGAAAUAUACAACACAGAAGAGGGAAGAUGGAAGAAAAGAAGUUCACUGAGAGACGCAGCAAUGGGUAUAUCCAUCAUAGUGAAAGAUGGCAGAGCAUUUGCUGUGGGUGGGAUGGGAGCAGAUCUCCUCCCCCAAAGUCACCUUCAGCAGUAUGACCUUCGAAAAGAUGUGUGGGCCGUCCUCCCUCUCAUGCCCACUCCUCGCUAUGACACCAAUGCCCAUCUGCUGGGAUCUAAGAUAUAUGUCUCAGGGGGACGUCAGAAUAAAAGAUGUGUGAAAGCCUAUGAGGUCUUUGAUUUUGAGACUCGCUCCUGGACAACACUUCCAAGUUUACCUUGCAAAAGAUCCUACUCUGGAGUGGUGUGGGAUGAAACGGGACGACUCUACUGGUUAGGAGGACUCCGACAAGGGGGUUCUCACCAAAGUUCUAAAUUCACCAAGAACAUCAAUAUCUUUGACACAAAUAAAGGUCUAUGGUUGAAGUCAGAAGACACAGUGUCCAUGAAGACCAAGCGGGCAGACUUUGCAUCUGCCUCCCUGCAUGGAAGGGUCAUUGUUGCAGGAGGAUUAGGGAAUCAUCCCUCUGUACUGGAUUCAGUGGAGGCCUUCCACCCAGAGAAGAAGAAAUGGGAGCGAGUUGCUCCCAUGUCUGUGCCUCGCUGUUCAGCUUCCAGCAUUGUAAUUCAAAAUCGCCUCCUGGUGGUUGGUGGGGUUAACCAAACCCCCAGCUCUGCCAAUGAGAUUCUGUAUGUAAAGGAAAAUGUGCUUCUUUAA